CAGUCGCUUCACCUCUUUCUGCUGCUGUCAGCUCAUCUGUAUCCGUUUGUCUUUCCCGUUGAUCUGCGGCGGAGUUCAGACUUUGAAAGUCCAAUUAAUGCAGUUUUUGAUCAUGAAGAGCACCAAAGAGGCCGUGCAGUCCGCUGCCAAAGAGUUCCUGCAGUUUGUCAACAGAGGGGUGUCUCCGUAUCACGUGGUGGAAGAAUGCAAGCGGCGGCUGCUGGAGGCGGGAUUCAUCGAGCUGAAGGAGGCGGAGCAGUGGGACAUCAAGCCGGCCAGCAAGUACUUUGUGACCAGGAACUUCUCCAGCCUCAUCGCCUUCGCUGUGGGCGGACGCUACCUGCCAGGAAACGGCUUCUCCAUGAUCGGAGCCCACACAGACAGCCCCUGCCUCAGGGUGAAGCCGAGGUCUAAGAGGACGAAGCAGGGCUGUCUGCAGGUGGGGGUGGAGUGCUACGGCGGCGGCAUCUGGAACACCUGGUUCGACCGUGACCUGACCAUCGCCGGCCGUGUCAUGGUCAAGAGUGGCGGCAGGCUGCUCCACCGUCUGGUUCACGUCCCCAGGCCUCUGCUCAGGAUCCCUCACCUGGCCAUCCACCUGCAGCGGGACAUCAACGACUCCUUCGGCCCCAACAAGGAGAACCACCUGGUUCCCGUCAUCGCCACGGUCGUCCAGGAGGAGCUGGAGACGGGCUGUGCGUCCUCUGGAGACGCCGCCGCCGCCGCCGCCAACACGGCGGAGAAGCACCACCCGGCGCUGGUGAAGGUGCUGUGUUCGGAGCUGGGCGUGGAGCCGGAGGCGCUGCUGGACUUUGAGCUCUGCCUGACCGACACUCAGCCCGCGGCUUUGGGAGGUGUGUAUGAGGAGUUCAUCUACUCUCCUCGUCUGGACAACCUUCACAGCUGCUACUGCGCCCUGCAGGGCCUGAUGGCGUCCUGCUCCGGAGACUCUCUGACCAAAGAUCCCAACGUCCGCAUGAUCACUCUGUACGACAACGAAGAGGUGGGGUCAGAGAGCGCUCAGGGUGCUCAGUCCAACCUGACGGAGCUCAUCCUCACCCGCCUCUCCGCCUCCGCCUCCAACCUCACCGCCUUCCAGCAGGCGGCGCCGCUCUCCUUCAUGAUCAGCGCUGACAUGGCGCACGCCGUUCACCCCAACUACCAGGAGAAGCACGAAGAAAACCACCGACCGGCUUUCCACAAGGGCCCAGUGAUCAAGUUCAACAGCAACCAGCGCUACGCCACCACGGCCGUCACCGCCUCCAUCGUCAGGGAGGUCGCCAGCCAGGUUGGCGUGCCCCUGCAGGAUGUGAUGGUCCGUAACGACAGCCCGUGUGGAACCACCAUCGGACCCAUCCUGGCCGCCCGCCUCGGCGUCCCCGUGGUGGACAUCGGCGCUCCGCAGCUGUCCAUGCACUCCAUCAGGGAGAUGUGCUGCACCUCCAGCGUCCUGCAGAGCACCACCCUCUUCAAGGGUUUCUUCCAGUUGUUCCCCGCAGUGAGGAGCACCCUGGUCGUGGAUUAGCGCCGGCGAGGAUCACACCUCAUUCUCAACAUCAGAACACGCUGGGAGUGUUGACGUGGAGAACUGUGCUGUGGACCUUCAUAUUAAUCACAUACAAAGACACACAAGCACUUCCUGAUCUUUAACCACCGUGAAAUGAAAUUGUUUUAGAAAAUAUUAAAAUGCUGA